AUGAUUACGUCCCGAUUGGCUAAUCAGCUGCAGUUGCGUAAAUGCAAAUCAUUCAUGUCGGUGUCUGGAAUUGGCGAUACCGGCUAUGCCACGGACGGAUUCUCUGUUGAUGUGCUCCUACGUUCUCACUGUUCAGAAUACUCGUCUCUUAUUAGUGCAGUCGUCGCUGGCAACAUUACGGAUCUCCAGCCUAGUUUCUGCUUAGAUGUCUCCAAUUGGAAUAUACCAUGCAAUCUUAAUCUCGCUGAUCCAGAAUUCUUUCGACCACAGCGUAUCGAUUUGCUCAUCGGAGCCAGCCUCUUUUAUGAAUUGCUGUGUGUUGGACAAGUUCAGCUCUCAGCUGGCCUACCGUUGCUGCAGAAAACCCGACUUGGAUGGGUUGUGUGUGGAGGCGGUUCACCUGUCGAGAGAAGGUCACUCGUAGCCACAGCCUGCAAGGAUGACACGAAGAGCCCAAGCCUGCCGGAUGAACGUUUAGAUUGUCUGCUCCGCCAGUUCUGGGAAAUAGAGGACUGCUCCGAACCAAUAGUGAAGUGGACAAAGGAAGAGCUGGAUUGCGAAGCGCAUUUUGUGCAACACCCGUCUCGGCUCAAGUCAGGCGCUUAUGCUGUGAGGCUGCCGUUGAAAUGCAGUUCUGAUUUGCUGGGAGAAUCGUAUCCCCAAGCCGUGCGUCGAUUUCUCUCUCUAGAAAGGAAGCUCAGUCGUCACCCUCAAUUGAAGAAUCAGUAUGCUGCGUUUAUAAAAGAGUAUUUGGAGUUGGGCCAUAUGUCUGCAGUUCCUGCUAAUGCGAGCCUCACUUCUCAGUACUUCCUACCUCACCACUGUGUUUUGAAAGAGGACAGUUCAACAACCAAGCUCAGGGUUGUUUUUGAUGGAUCUGCUGCUACCACUUCUGGGUAUUCGUUGAAUGACGUGUUGAUGUCCGGCCCAGUUAUACAGCCAAAGUUGCUUCACAUCCUGUUAAGGUUCCGUUACCAUCGGGUGGCCAUUACAGGAGAUAUCUGCAAAAUGUACCGAUGUGUCAGAGUUUUCCCUGAGGACAGCCAUUUGCAGUGUAUCCUUUGGCGGGAUUCCACCCAGGACGAGUUGCAGGUUUUUAAACUUGACACUGUAACUUAUGGAACAAAACCAGCGUCAUUUUUGUCAGUGCGAGCAAUGCAUCAAUUGGCCGAGGAUAAGCAGUUGAUGUUUUCAAAGGGGGCCGAGAUUCUGCGACGCGACUUUUACGUGGACGAUUUAAUUUCUGGAGGUGCUUCUGUGGCUGAAGCUGUCAACAUCAUGCAGCAAACAUCAGGGAUCCUUGCCAAGGGUCAAUUUCGCUUGAGAAAGUGGUGCCGGAAGAGGAUCGGGAGUCGUUUCUGA